UUUAUUUUAUCAAAUCACACAACAUAAUUUACAAGUUGUAUUUUUAAAUGAUCCUCCAAUACACAGACUUUAACCGUUUGAUGAGUGCGGCGAAGCGCUAUCGCGCUUCGCUUGUCAUAUGCUAAAAAUGCGGACGAGCGCGAUCGCGCUUCUCUUGUUUAGCCAAGAAUGCGGAGACGCGUGACCACGCCGCUGUUCAGAAAUUAAAAAUUGUUUUCAUUUUUUUAACUGAAAUUUUAACUGAAACUGAUAAUUACAAAAAGCACUAUGCCAAAUUCUGAUUCAUCUGAAAGUGACUAUGAUAUGAGCAGUAAUGAUGAAGAGUGUAGUAAUGACUUUGAAACUGAUAGUGGAAGUGACAUCAUCAUUCCUUCUAAAAGAUUACGAAUAUAUAAUAUUAGUGAUAGCAGUGAUGAUGAGGAAGUAACUGAAAGUGCCUCCAAUGGCGAUAAUAUCGAUGAAUUUUUACCCGUGAACACAAUAUUUUCGAAUGAAUCGAAUAGUUUUUUUGAAGUACCUGGUCCAAAACAUGCCCCUGCUUCUGAUGCGAAACCAAUUGAAUAUUUCAAUAAUUUUUUUUCAAAUUCGCUCUUCACUACAAUGGUAACGGAAACGAAUCGCUAUGCUGAGCAGUUUUUGAAUUCCGGAAGAAGAUUGAAACGACGUUCACGCGCAAGGUCUUGGGUACCAGUAACUGUUACAGAAAUGAGAGCAUUUGUUGCAGUUCUAUUAGAAAUGGAUGAAAUAUUUCUCGACGAACUUCAAAUGUCAGUAAAUGCAACAUCAUAA